AUGAUGAGUGCCAUACUGGCACGCAGUUACAAGGACCUACCAAAUCAUCAUUUGAGAUCUUGUUUACUUUAUUUUGCUGCUUUUCCUGAGGAUUAUGAAAUAUAUGUGCCGGAGCUUAUUGAAUUGUGGAUAGCAGAAAGUUUCAUUCCACAUACACCAAACCAUACACUAGAAGAAACAACACGGAGCUAUGUAACCGAGUUGGCUCAGAGAAGCUUGGUCCAAGUUGUUUGCAGAAGUACGGCACAUGGAUGGAUAGAGAGCAUAAGGAUUCACGACAUCUUACAUGGCUGGUGCAUAGAAGAAGCAAGACAAGAUCGUUUUCUAUAUGCCAUCGACAAACCUGCAGGCCAAGCUGGUGCAUCAUCAUCAUCAUCUGAUAACUUGAUAUCUUACCGUUUUAGUUUUCAAACUUUGAGUGAUCAGAUUUUACCUGUGAAACCUAAUAUCCGAAGUCUUCUUGGCUUCGAGCUUGAAUCAGUGUCCCUUCCUAAGCUGAGAUUCCUGAGAGUUCUUUGCAUUGAAAAUUCAACACUAAAAGAUUUCUCCAGUGUAAUUGCUGGGUGUAUUCACCUAAGAUUGCUUAGGUUGGCAAAUUGUGGACGUGUGGUGCUCCCUUCUUCAAUUGGAAAACUCCUUUACUUGCAGACUAUUGAACUAAGGAACAGUGCAUUGGACUCACAGUCACAAGUACAAAACUCUCUCUGGGAUAUCCCUACUCUAAGGCAUGUUUACCUUGGCAAUGCCUUUUUUUCUCCACCGCCACUUGCAAGGAGUGUGCGACUACAAAACAAUGAGCUCCAGACCUUCGAGUAUAUUGGUGAGGCUGGCACUGAUUUGCGCUGUCAUGACAUGGUGAUUUUCUUGGGCCAGAUGAAUCAACUAACAACCUUCGCCUUGAGGAUGCGCCCCAAUAUACCAGCGGAGGUGCUCAACAUAUUUGCAAACAUGCCUCACCUGGUUGAUAUUACUCUCUUCAGAUUUAAUGUGCUGGAUAAGCUGCCUGCUGAGUUCCCACAAGGCCUACGUCAUCUUUUUCUAGUUGCUGAUGUCAUAAAACAAGACCCGAUGCCGAUCCUGGAGAAACUCCCCUGUCUUGUGGUGUUGCAUUUGAGUGGGUACGAAGGCCAAACCAUGUGCUGCUCUUCCCAAGGGUUCCCUCGGCUGCAAGAGUUACGACUUGAUAGUUUUUCAACCGAGGUGUGGGGGAUGGAGGAAGGGGCAAUGCCAAAGCUCUCCCACCUGACACUUCAGUCAUGCGAGAAGAUGAGCAAGCUCCCCGUGGGGUUGCUGCAUCUUCCGUCCCUCGAUCACCUGGAGCUGGCCUAUAUGCCCCAGAUUUCUGAAGAUGACAGCACACUAAAUGAGCUGCGGCGGAAAGGGUGCGAGGUACAUACAUUCAACCCUUGUGGCAUGUUCACUAACAAGCCCAAUCUUUAUAUAUAUGCUGCUGCACCGUAG